GCGUAAGGUUAGGCUGCGCGCGCUAGAGGCCGUCGUCUGCUGCUGUAAUUCGGCUACAGUGGGAAGGAAAAUAUUGUUUAAAAUCGACUUUUAUACACUCACGAAUAACCAGUUUUGGUUGGAUUUUACUCUACGCCUUCUUUACAGAAAAGGCUUCUCGCUAAAAGGGCAGACCGGGACAGUGAGUCGACUAGCGGCCCAUGCAGCCAUAACGAGCCCGAGAUCCACCAUCACAUCACUGGAGGAGGUAACCCCUCGCCCCCCUUUUCCUCUCCUGUUUCCUAAGCUUCUCUAUCCCCCUGCCCCUCACAGUCAGCACAGAGACCCUCUUCCUAAAGGCCUAUUAGGAACGUGGGUCUGUUCCGCCCCAUUCUCCAAGCCUCCAUCUGUCUCUGUAACUCCACCUGCCCUGUAGGGGGCUGACCACUCUUUGGACACCCCAAAACAUGUCCUCCAUCUUGCCUUUCACUCCACCCGUGGUGAAGCGUUUGCUGGGCUGGAAGAAGUCGGCCAGCGGAGCGGGCGGGGGCGGAGAGCAGAAUGGCCAGGAGGAGAAAUGGUGUGAAAAGGCCGUCAAGAGCCUGGUGAAGAAGCUGAAGAAGACGGGCCAGCUGGACGAGCUGGAGAAAGCCAUUACCACACAGAACUGCAACACCAAGUGUGUCACCAUCCCCAGAUCUCUGGAUGGGCGUCUGCAGGUGUCUCACCGUAAAGGUCUGCCUCAUGUCAUCUACUGCCGCCUGUGGCGAUGGCCUGACCUGCACAGCCAUCAUGAGCUGCGCGCCAUUGAGACCUGUGAGUACGCCUUCAACCUCAAGAAGGAUGAAGUGUGUGUCAACCCCUACCACUACCAACGGGUGGAGACACCAGUUCUCCCUCCCGUUCUCGUGCCAAGACACACAGAGAUCUUGACUGAACUGCCUCCUCUGGAUGACUACACUAACUCCAUCCCUGAAAACACCAACUUCCCCACAGGGAUCGAGCCCCCUAACAACUACAUACCAGAAACUCCUCCACCGGGAUACAUCAGUGAGGAUGGGGAAGCCAGUGACCAGCAGAUGAAUCAAAGUAUGGACACAGGUUCUCCUGCGGAACUGUCACCAAGCACCCUCUCACCUGUCAAUCAUGGCAUGGACUUGCAGCCAGUGACUUAUUCAGAGCCUGCGUUUUGGUGCUCCAUAGCUUACUAUGAACUCAACCAGCGAGUCGGAGAAACAUUCCACGCCUCUCAGCCUUCCCUCACUGUGGAUGGCUUUACAGAUCCUUCCAAUUCAGAGCGCUUCUGCCUGGGUCUGCUGUCCAACGUCAACCGCAACGCCACCGUGGAAAUGACCCGGAGACACAUAGGACGAGGGGUUAGGCUGUAUUAUAUUGGAGGGGAGGUGUUUGCUGAAUGUCUUAGCGACAGCGCCAUCUUCGUUCAGAGCCCUAACUGUAAUCAGAGGUAUGGCUGGCACCCAGCGACUGUCUGUAAAAUCCCCCCAGGUAAGAGAUAUACUUUUCAGUGUACACUGUACCUUCCCUCAGAAUUUUCUUCAACAUUGAUUUACGUCAGGCAUUAUAAGGUCGUUGUAAUGUCUUUUCUAGGCUGCAACCUGAAGAUCUUCAAUAACCAGGAGUUUGCAGCACUACUGGCUCAGUCAGUGAACCAGGGCUUUGAAGCUGUAUAUCAGUUGACCAGGAUGUGCACUAUUCGCAUGAGUUUUGUCAAAGGCUGGGGAGCCGAGUACAGACGGCAGACUGUGACGAGCACCCCCUGCUGGAUCGAGCUGCAUCUGAACGGUCCCCUGCAGUGGCUGGAUAAGGUUCUGACCCAAAUGGGCUCACCCUCCGUGCGCUGUUCCAGUAUGUCCUAAUCACCAUGAUGAUGCUCUAUUUCUCUUCUGCCCCAAAAACAACUGAUUCUACAAUCACAUCAACCGACAACUCGAAGAACAACAGACUUACUAUAACCUCCCCCCCCCCCCCUUUCAUAGUGCUUGUGGCCCUUUCUCUAUCUCUGUCUUACCCUGCCCUGCCUCCCCCAAAAACACUGAUGUUCUCACUGUUCAGAUACGAACACGGCACUUGCUGUCACAUCAGCUUCAUGCACCUUUUAAUUCUCUUUUUUUUUUUUUUUAUCAUAAAAAACACCCUCAAUAUUAAAUGUAUUAGUAGUAGAAUUUAAAAUGUACAUUGGUUUUUAUUUUUAUUUUCUAUUGUUUUCAAGAAGGAAGGAAGGUGGUGUGUAUGUUGUGUGGAAGUUCCAGAAGGCAGUACAUAACUUCAUGCAUGUAGCAGUAAGGCUUCCCCCCCCCAUUAAAUAACGAAGUGAGUACUCUGACUUUUAACAAUCUGAAUCCGACUGUUCAAGGAGGUAACUUUUUAUGGCAAAAAGUCGCAUUCUUUUUAUUCACGUCAAACAAUUGUAUAAAUAAUGCAUUAAGACUUAAUCAUGACUCUCAACUUCGAUUUCUGAAAGUAAUGCCAAAAUCUAGCUUUAUUAUAAAAUAAAAUUGCCCCAAACCACUAUAUAAGAAUGUUGCUUUGAUUUGAGGUAUGCUGCUGUAAGACAUGCUUCUUGUAUUCGGAUGCUAACUGAUAGGAAUGUUAACAAAAGGAAACCAAGCAAAAAAGACCCAUGUUCAAUUCCAACCUCCUUUUUUUGAGGUUAAACCGUGACUCCCAAUUAACAUUUUAUUCACUGGGUGAAAUAUUCACUAAUUAGCUGUGUGGUUUUGGAGUUUGGUUUCUUUAGAAAAAUAGUUUCUUUUGAGGAUGAACAAAGACUUUCAGUUAUAAAACGAUCUCAUAUAAUCCAAAUCUUGAAUAAAAAAUGAAAACAAUUUAAAGAAUCCAAGUAUUUAAGCUUUAAGUGUUAAUAAACUAGGAUAUUCUUCACAAUUACAAGAUUGUUUUUCCCCUUUAUUUUUAUUUUAGCUACUUUUUGUAUUUUCAUGUAUUUUUAUAUAUAAAUAUAUUUAAGAUCUUUAAAGCUCUCUUCCUUUUUAUUAGAAUUGAAUAUUUUUUUAGCUCAUACCCUCUUUUUAAAGGAACAUGGCUUCAUAAUGAGAUGCCCGAUCAUACAAAAACGUUAUUUAGCAUGAAGUUUUUAUAAGCGCAAAUAUCUUUUCUUCUUUACCGUUUCCAAUUCAAGCUGUUGUCCCGCUUAACAUUUCACCCUUGAAAAUCCCAAUCGACCUGAAAUACAUCUGAAUUUUUACUUUAGUUGCUUCUCCUCCCAAUUUCACCCACAAAAAACAAUGCGAUUCUUCUGUAUAUUCCACCACCCCUCAAGCGUAUGUUUUUACGAAGGGGAAAUUGAGGCUAGCGUCAAAUACUACGGAAAUGUCGCAGUGUUCUAUUGGUUCGCAAUAGAACACAGGUUGCUUUGACAGGGAGAACUGUGCAACUUUAGUGUGCAUGCUCGUUGUACAACUUUUUACUAAUGACUGUGAUAUAGCUGUCUGUUAUUCUUUACUUGUUGUGGCAGUGACCAGGCGUUUCAAAUAUCCAUUCCCCUCUUCCCACAUCAGUCUCCAUAUUUUCCUUCAUUGACUUUACUACUCUUGCGAUUGUACUUAAAAGUGCAUCUAGUUAAAAGGCUGAUGAAGAUGUUGUGGCCCAUUUUUUUAAAACCCAAAGCAGUGGCCAUAAGACACUGGCAACAUUCUGCUUGCCAUUUUUGACUGGGUGUGGAAAGAAAACCAAAUAGAACUGAAAGUGGACCAGACAUAUAUGCAUAAAUGUGUAUAUAUAAUUUUAUUUUACUUUUUUUUUUUCUGUAAUUUUUUUCUUUCUUUUUUUGCAAAGCAUUUAACAGUUGGUGAGCUUGUUUUACCAUUAGAGAGAUGCAUUGGUAGGACGUGAACUUCAGGCGAUAAGCUUUUCAGGCGUGUUGCAUAUGCAGACUUCAUAAAUACACUAAUAAAAUGUUUUAAUU